UCUGAAAUCAGUGACGUCACAGUAUACUAGCGCACCUGGUGGGCGCGUGGGAAAUAUACACAAAAUUAUACAGGUAAAUUUAGGUCAUCGGCUUCCCCAUUCAAAAUGGUGUAAUUUGAUUUCGUGAAACUUUUAGCCGGUCAGAGACAUUUCGAAUGAAUUAUAAAUAUGGGGGAGUCUCAAAAGAUUAUGCAAGUGCGUUCAGCGAGACAAGUACCUGUCCGUGUGCAAUUAUUGGAUGAUGACACAUUUAAUCACAGUGUAGAUAAAAGGGCAGUGGGCUGGAUUCUAUUUGACAGUGUGUGUGAACAUUUGAAUAUUCUGGAAAAGGAUUAUUUCGGAUUAAAUUACUAUGUAAAUGGAGAGAAGUUCUGGUUGAACAAUGAUAAGAAGAUUGCUAAACAAUUAAAAGGUCAGAACUGGGAUUUUCACUUUGAAGUGAAGUUCUACCCGGCAGAUCCAUCACAGCUGGCUGAGGAUUUAACCCGAUACCAGUUGUGCCUACAGAUUAGGAGAGAUAUAGUGAAUGAAAGAUUGCCGUGUUCAUUUGUGACAUACACACUGCUUGGCUCAUACACAGCCCAGUCGGAGCUUGGCGACUAUGAUACGGAGGAGUUUGGCAGUGGCUAUAAAUACCUCAAGGAUAUACAGUUCGCCCCACAUCAAGACAAAGAACUCCUCAUUAAGAUCGCCGAGCUUCACAGGCAGCACAAGGGAGAAACACCAGAAGAAGCUGAGCUACAUUUUCUAGAGAAUGCUAAGAAGUUGGCAAUGUUUGGGGUGGAGCUACAUCCUGCAAAGGAUGCUGAAGGCCGAGACAUUCAACUCGGUGUUUGUGCAAGUGGACUCAUUGUAUAUAAGGACAAGCAGCAAAUCAACCGAUUUGUUUGGCCUAAAGUGCUAAAAAUAUCUUACAGACGUAAUAAAUAUUACAUCAAGAUUCGUCCUGGAGAGUUUGAAGAGUUUGCUAGUUUAAUCGGAUUUAAACUUGCCAAUGUAAAGUUUGCCAAGAGAUUGUGGAAGAUCAGUGUUGAACAUCAUUCAUUCUUCAGGUUCAGGGAACCAGAAAAUCAGAAGAGUGUUAGCUUUUUGCCUAGGUUUGGUUCCAGGUUCAGGUACUCUGGUAGAACACAGUUCCAAACUCGACAAGUUGUGGCAGAAGAGAAUCGUGAGUCUCCAUUUUUCGACAGAGUCCUGAGUAAACGUGGAACUUUUGGUGGACGUACAAAUAACAUGAGGAAAAGAGAUGAAGAGAGACAGCAUAGAAGAGAUGAGCUUAGACGAGCCCCACCACAGACCAAGCUUCCGCCUCAUGAACCGAGAAAAGAACCUCCUCCAGAGCCUACAAGAACACCGCCUGAACCUAAACAUGCUCCUCCAGUAGCACCAAAACCAGGAAAGCCUAAACCCUCUCCUCGAGGUCCAUCCUCUGUUGAGGAUAGUGCUUCUCUUGAUAGACGCUCGCUAAAUGACUCAUUUGAUGAUGUCCCCGAUAGGAAGAGCCGUAUGGAGAAAAUUCAUGCUGUAGCCACACCUCUGGCUGCUUUAAUGCAGGCAAAGAAGGAACACGAGCAGCAUGAAGAAGAACAUCACAGAGAAGAAGCUCAUCGUCAUAGAGAUGACCAUAGUGAUGAUGAACGUAGAGAUGAGCAUCAAAGAGAAAAACGCCAUAGAGAUGAUCACCAUGACGAUGAUCAUGACCGAUCUUAUGAUCACGAGGAGCAUGACAGCCGACCUAUGACCCCAGAGGUAAUAGCACAGGAUUACACAGUGCUGCCGGCUCAAAGACCGCAGUCAACCAUGUCGGACAAAGAGAAAAAGGCAUUUGCAAAGCAGGAGAAAGAGCGCAUUAAGCAAGAGAAAGAGCAAGAAAAACUUAGAAAGAAGGAAGAAGAAAGGGAAAGAAAGAGAUUGGAAAAAGAAAAGAAAGCCUUACUUGCAGAGGAAAAGAAGGCAGCUAAACAGAAGUCAAAACAAAAGGGCAAAGAUAAGAAAGAUCCGGAAAAAGAUGUUCGUGAAAGACGUGAUAGUCGUGGCAGUAAUGACAUGGGUCGUGACUGGGAAAAUGUCCGGUCACAAGAUGAACGCGGUCCAGUAACGCCGGAGAGGUCGAGAAAGAGGCUGAGCAGUUUUGAGGAUAUCAAGCAUAAUUCAUUCAAAGGGAGAGAAGCAGACGGUGAGGAGGACCGACCUCCGACCCCACCUGCUCCACUUCCUAUUGGAGCAAAGGGAGGUAAUCACUCCGGCUCUGAUUUUGACUCGGAGGAGGAUGAUCAUCAGGGUCCUGGACGGCACGAAUCAGAUGAGGAAGAUGCAGAAGAAGUUUCAUUUUAAUCACACGACUGUCACAUGAUAACAUCAACUGACCAAUCAGCUCACUCUUGUAAAUAUAUCAACCAAUCAGGAAGGACAAGUUUAUUAUAUUCAAAGAAACAUUACAAAGUUGCCAAUCAUAAAAAAUGUUUGGUGCCACAGCCAAUUCAUUAGUUGCUUGUAAAAAGAUUAAUUUGUUUUAAUGUUAACAGUUGUACAAAAUAACACAAGCUUUUUCAUGAGACAUUUAUGUAUAUUAGGAGGAAAUUUUAACAAGUUUCAUUUUAUCAAGCGCAGAGCAUUGCUAUUUUCCUUAGAUAUUUUUAAAACUUUUUGUUAACCACGUAAUUAGUGUUUUAGUAUCUUAAAAUUGGUUUUACAUUAAAUGCGUACUGACUAGUUUUAUACAAAACAGGGUUUGUGCCAAUUGUUUGUACAAGUACAUGUUUUAUAUAUUUAGCAAUACAUUUGUGGCUGAUUUAACAUUGCUAAGUUAAACAUUUUACGUUUUGUGAAAAGGUUUCUAUAUACAUGUUUUUAAAUUUUAAGCUUCUUCUUUAAUUUUUAAAGAAAUUAAUUGUUUUAUUUUUAAACACGAUUUCUAUUAUGAAUAUUAUCCACAUAUUCGAUUCAUAUACUCUGUUAGUUUGUAUGAUUGUAUAUACUAUUACAAAGUCUAUUUUCAUUUGUAUUAUAAGCAUUUAAAUCCAUUUAAAAUGGUACAUUAGAACCAAUGGAACUGUAUAUUUUGUACAUUUUGAGGUGUAAUGUUGAUUAUAAAAUAAAUUAUCUGUAGUGUAAGAAAUCAAUUAUUUAUGAUAUCUGAAUAGUUAUUGGGUAAUU